AAAACUUAGUUAAACUACAGUUAGUUUCUUUAAAUAGUGUCAAGAAACAUGUUUAAUCCAUAGGUGUAUUUUAGCAAUACAAUAAAAUGGAUAUUUUUCAAAAUCAGUGCACCGAGAGCCUUGGGUUCGAUUCGAUGCUGGCUUCGAAUACAAUCAACUCACCGCUGCCGGGAACCGAUUCGCCUACCCAUCUUACUUUCAGCACAUCCCCGUUUUUCACUAGUAUUCCGCCUGCAAACUCAAUAGUGUACACAGGUGGAUGCAGUUCCGCUGCUACCAAUAGCAACUCUUUAACGCUUUCUUCCGGAGUCCCAAGCGGGCCAUCCGGUCCUAACGAUGUUGUCCUACCCAGCAUCUUUGUUAAAGUUCCGAAACAAAUUAAUCAGCAGUACCAGCAGCAAUCUCAAUCCAACAACAGUUCCGAUGAUAUCAAAUGUGAAGAUAAAUCGGAACCAAUCAAACGCGAGCUCGGCGAUUUGCGAGCUUUGGAGAAGGGGACGGCGAUGGUGCAGUUGCCCGGUACAGCCGAACAGUACCUGGCAGAUGAUCGGCGGCAAGAAGCACGGGAAGAAUCGCAACUGGUUGUUUAUUGCUGCGAAUUUUGUCCUUUCGUGACGAUAGAAGAUCGGAACUUGAGAGAACAUACCCAUGCUAAGCAUGCUAACAGGCAACGGUCAAAUUUGGAAGUAAUGGUUUGUCCUGCCUGUGAGAAUAAGUUUUACAAACUUAGCUCCUUGGAGCAUCAUUUACUGGAUGACCACAUGAUGUGUCCGGCCGAGAUGAGAGCUUUAGUAAAUCGCAGGUUUCCUCCGUCGGAGUCGCAAGAACCUACAACCAGUAUUACAACUCAACACAACAAUACGAUUCCGGUUUCAGUGUCGUCGUUGACGACUGCUCCGGAACAAAACAAAAGUCGAAUUUACAUUAAGAAUGUACAGUUGCUCAAAAAACCGGAUGUUAUUGAGCAGGAAAACGUUCAGCAUGCUCAAGAGCAACAAGCCGAACAACAGCAAGAGCAACAACAGGGCAGAAAUAUUUUCAUUCGAAACGUUUCACUUCUGCAAAACGCAAACUACGCUCAGAAUGUAGACAAUGUAUUUCAGAACCCAUCCGGACUGCACGAAAGUAAAUAUAGUUUUAUUGUUCCUGUUCCUAGCCCCAACAGUCAGUCGCCACCGGUCGGAAUUGGCGAUGCUGGAAAUGCAAAUCCUCCGCGUAGUAAAAUUUUCAUUCGGAACGUGGACAUUCUGAGAAACCCUUUGCUGUCGAUUACUCCUCCCAGCAUAAGCUCGACUUGUGAAAUGAGUCGUACUAGCAGCAGUGAAAGCUUAUACACAACACCGCCACCGCAGGUAGUGAGCCCGGCUACCUCGAUUAAUAGUGUUGGUACAGCAUCGAUGGGAGGAUGUUCCGGCUUGAACAUGGUACUAAUCCCUACUUCAACCUGUAGUAGCAAUUCGUCGACACCGCCUAUGAUCGCAACGCCACCAGCAAUCACCGUGGCCACGUCCGAGUCAAUGUUGCAAUCGCUGCCGCAACCCAGAAAAAGUAAAAUAUUCAUCAAAAACAUAAGUGUGCUGAAGCAACCAACGAUACAUCUGAAAUCGGUUGACGAAUUAAAUCUGAUGACGAUCGAUCAGCUUCAGUUGCAGAACUUAUUGCCACCGAACACCAGUAAUAACUGCACACAAAGUAUGGAAAGUGUCAAUCUGGAGAAGGACGAUCACGGUGCGGAGCACCAACUUGAGGAAGACGACUUCGGAAAUGUUCUGGAUGAACCUCCGCCUUCCGAAGAAAUGGACGGCUACGCCGAGACGGAAAACCAAUAUCACGAAAUUCAGAAUUGCAACUCGAUCUGUGGAAGUUUACCAACAGAACAAGAGUCGUAUCAACCAGAGUUUAACAAUGAUUUCAUUAUAAUCGAACCGGGAAAUUCGGCGGAUAAUGUGCCCUACGCCGGACAAGCGGAUCACUUGAGGUUACCAACGCAGGCGAAUGACCUCAUCGAUCACCAGCAGCUGCCUCCGCCUCCCGCAGAACCACCGGACUCGCAACAGUACCAUCAAACCGAUGAGGACAUUCUCUUUGUAUGUGCUGAGGAAAUUAUAAAUCUCGAUCCACCGGUGCAAGCAAAAACUUCCCCUGAACCGCCUCUUCAACCGGUCACUCCGCUCGCCGCCGCACCACUUCCUCAGCAGGGUCGAAUCUACGUGUCCGACAAUUUGAUGGAACAUCAUUCGCCACUAGUUAUUCCUCCGCCACCUCCGCAGCAGCCCCAGCCAUCACAAUGUCUUCCAGGGUCCCUAUCAAACCCCAUUACACCCCUCAAUCAACUAGAGCAAAUCAACAUUGACGCUGCAUCAACUAGUCAUCAACACGAGACCCAAUUGUCACAUGUUUCCAGCAGCGACCUACCUAGCCGGGAACGCACUCGUAGCCGAGGCCGUCCGAAAGGGGCUAAACAGACUGGGAUUACCAAACUGAAAAAAUUGUACACUAACCUGACCCCCCUGGAGGAAGGUUACAAAUGCGAUCUGCUAGAUUGUGGAGCUCGCUUUCGGCAACCCGAAACGUUAGCCUACCACAAGAGAUGUCAUGUGCCACCAAAUGAAAGGACAUCACCCGAGGGCAUUCGGUGCCCUGAAUGUGGAUCUCAAGAGCUUCGAAACUGGAAUACACUCCAUACGCACCUGUGGCGGGAACAUAAUAUCGAUAUGGAGCUCUAUUGUUGUAAUGUGUGCAAUUUCAAAACGCCGGUGCUUUGCAGACUAAACAACACGCAUAUGAAAAUUCAUUCGGACGAAAAGAAUUUCAUCUGUGCAAUUUGCGAUAAAGGUUUCAAAAACAACAAACAGCUGAGAAACCAUCGAAGGUAUCAUCGCGAGCUAGGCCAACCAACUAAGGAAAGGCAUCCGGCGGAGAGAAAACAGGAAAGCAACACCUAUCAAUCACUGCAGCCGGUGAAUUGCGUCAAGUGUGGGCUGAAAUUUUCGAAUCAGAAAAUUUUGAAGGCUCAUGUCGAAAGUAAACACUCGGUUGCCGGAAUGGAGGCCGGCGGUGGAAAAAGCGGACGACUGAAAUGUUCCAUCUGUGGGAUGCUGUUCAAAACCAGAUAUUUACUGAUUUCGCAUGUUGCAAAACAUUCAGAUGAGAAGAAAUUUAAAUGUCAAAAUUGUGAUUAUUCCACCAACGAUCACAACGCGAUCCGCCGACAUAAGAUGAGGCACAACUCGGAAGCUCACAUGUACCGAUGUUCGUACUGCGAUUACACCAGCAUUCAGAGUACAACGUACCGUAAACAUUUGGAAAGAAUGCACGCCGAUGUGGCAUCAAAUCUUCUGUACAAAUGUUCCCAAUGUGCGUUUGUAUCUAUCAGUGAACUUAAAUAUCAACUGCAUCGUGCAAAGCACGAGUCCAACGAGGACAUCAACGAAUUGGAUCACGGAUCUCCUGCGAAUGAAAUCGCUAAACUGGUUGCGGAGCAACCAUUAGACGACCAAGAAGAACAGGAGCGCCACUGUGAAAGUGUCAACUCCGACGUAGUGAUUGUCGAAAGAGAUCAACCGGAGCCACCGCUGGAUGCCUUCUCGUUGAUACCGCCACUGCAAUCGAGCGGCACCGAAUUGCAGGAGCACCCGGCGUACCCUUUACAGCCAAUCAUUCGCCCGGCUGGAUUUGCCAACAACCUUUCGAAGGUGGAUAACUUCUAUGGUUACACCAUUCCGGCACUGGACACCGCUAGUCACCACUACCAGCAGCAAGCUGGUACGGUGCCAGAUUCUGCCCAGCAGGACCUACAACUGAUACAGGUCGACGUAAAUGCUUCAUCUCCUUCGUCAUCGUCUUCUUCGAUAUCAUCGUCGACGUCGACUGUUAGUUCAGCUGGUGCUGCAACUGGCAAUGUCCUUCAUCAGAACGAGUAUUUGAACUCUCCAAUGAUGCAUGGUAUAGUUCCACUAGGUUACGGAGAGAAUACCCUUGGCAGUUAGACUGACGAUACGAUGCUAUGGUUAGUGUGCGUGUGUGAAGAGAGAAAAAUAAAAAAUCUGAAUGUGAUA